AUGGGCAUGCAGAUAAUUUGGGAGCACGACGCAUUCCUCGUUUGUGACCAUGUCGGCCACCGCAUCUCCGGCCGAAGCUUGACCAACGCCCAAUUAUUACAGCCGGUUGCUGGCGACAGAGGAACGGGCUUUAUAUUAUCAAGCCACUGCCGCCAGUGUCAUUUGUGCAGGAACCGGACAGAGAGUCCAGAGCACGCAAUCGCCCAAACAAAUACUCCCCCCUCCUUCAUAGAGUGUCUAUACUGA